AUGUUUGUCAGACCGUUUCGUGUCAAAUCCAACACCGCUAUCAAAGGCUCAGACAGGAGAAAGCUCAAAGCUGACAUAGCUGCAGCCAUUCCUUCGCUGUCUGCUGACGAGUUGUCUGAGCUGGUCCCCAACAAAGAGGAAUUAAAUGUGGUGAAGAUUUAUGUACAUAAGGGAGAUUCUGUGACACUUUAUGUUCUUCAAAAAAAUCCACUGUUCUUUGAAUUGGAGAAACGACUUUAUCCUACAGUAUAUGUGCUUUGGCGGUACCCUGCUAUCCUGCCAACAUUUAGGACAUGGCCUCCUGUGCUUCAGAAGUUGAUUGGAGGGGCAGAUCUCAUGCUGCCAGGUGUGGUGGCGCCUUCAAGCGGUCUCCCAGAUGUGAAACAGGGCGACUGCUGUUCUGUUACGUUAGUGAACAAUGGAGCUCCUGUUGCAGUUGGCACUGCUGCGGUGUCCAGAGACGAGAUGCACAGUUUGGGUAUGAAAGGGAGAGGAGUGUGUGUUCUCCACACGUACAUGGAUAAUCUCUGGGCGUUUGGAGACAAGUCAGGUCCUCCUUCUUUACCGGACACAGAGAGCGAAGGACACGGAGUGAAUGGAGAGGAAUAUGAGGUUGAUGAGAUGGAGGAAGAGGUUGAGGAGGAGGCUGAGAAGUGUGUGGAGGAGGAGCAGAGUCCCAGUCAAACAGUCACAGAUCACGCCUGCUCUGGUUUUGAGGAGAUGAGUCUGGCUCAGCAGGAGGAAGAGGAAGGUGAUAAGGGCAACGAGGAAGAGGAUGGGAACCAGGAUGACCAAAAAAUGCCACAAGAGGUAAUGGACGCCUUGCUGUUGAAGUGUUUUCUCCAUGCUCUCAAGAGCAAAGUGAAGAAGACGGAACUCCCCCUGCUGACCAGUACAUUUCUCCGCAACCACAUGUUUGCUUGCUGCCCAAGUGGAAAGCAACUUGAUAUCAAGAAAUCCAGCUAUAAAAAGCUGUCCAAGUUUCUACAGGCCAUGCAGAAGCAGCACAACCUUGUGCGAGUGAAAGAACUGGCCAAGGGUGUGGAGAGCAUUGUGGAGGUGGACUGGAAAAAUCCCGAACUGCGCUCCUUCAAAGUUCCCGAGGAGACAGAUGUUGAAGCAACUCCCGUGCAGGAUGAAGGGGAAGGAGAACCUCUUUAUCAUCCCCCUGAGAUCACCACUCUGUACUCUGUGUCAGCUCGACUGGAGCCUCUCUUUCUAGAUGCAAAGAAGAGGAAGGGAACAAUACUGCAGCCCGCUGAUGUGAGACAUAUUGUCACAGAGUAUGUGAAGACGAACGAUCUGGUGGAUGUAAAUAAUAAGAAUUACGUGACCUUAAACCCUACUCUGUGUGACUGCUUGCUGGAGAAAUCCGAGUACCACGAGGUUGAGUCUCUCAAGUGGGAUGACCUCUUUAGCAGGACGUUGGAAAGAAUGCAGGAGUGUUAUCAAGUUGUGUUCCCCGGACAAGCACCCAUAAAGAAGAAGGGCCACAUUGAGCCCAUAGACAUCUCUGUGGCUUCUCGAGGCUCCAAUAAGAAGGUGACUCUAAUAAAGAACCUGGAAGUGUACGGUUUGGAUCCUGCAGUCGUUGCCACUGCUUUGCAGCGUAGAGUCCAGGCCAGCUCUGUCUUACAGCCCAUCCCUGGGUCCAAAGACAAAGUGCUGGUCCAGAUCCAAGGCAAUCAGAUUCAUCAAGUUGGCAAUUUGCUACUAGAUCAUUAUCAAAUUCCUCGCAAGUACAUCCAAGGACUAGACAAAGCUCCAAAAGGGGGAAAGAAGAAGUAACAUUUCAACCUGCUAAACCAACCAUUCACUGUAUUUAAAGCUGCUUUACUGUUGGCCAUGCAUUAAUAAAUACAGAUGAUUUACUGUCCUCUUCUAAAGGU